CACACCAAGCCAGAGCUUGCCCGUGGCUCCUAUUGCAAUGUUCAGAAGGAGAAGGCUCCCUCAGCGUAACUGGCAGGGCUCUGCCAAGGAGGAAGAAGGACAGGAGAUUCCAUUCGAUCCGAGAUCUCCACGGACAGGAGGGUCCCCUGGAAGCAUGGACCUCGGUGAAACAUGGCCCCUGGAGGAAGGAACCUGGUUGUCUCAUGCUGGAAUUCAUCACUUUGCCAACACCAGAGGGGACAGUGAGUUUGUGGAAGCCUCUUCCGCGCCCUACAGCCCGGAGGAGUUAGGUCCCCCUCCUGUUUGUUACAGCCCCGGUAGUCCCGCCCCGAUUCUGGAAGACCCCAACUACUUUUUCCCUGACUUCCAGCUCUAUUCUGGGAGGCGUGAACCAUCUGCUUUGACAGUGGAGGCAAACGGUAGUAGCAUCAGGGAAAAAGUUGUUGAGGAGCCCCCGUGUCACUUCCAGCCCCCAAGCCUCCUGCGGACGUCAGAGGUGGAGAUGAGAGGUUCCGAGGAUGCGGCCGCUGGGACAGUGUUACAGCGGCUGAUCCAGGAACAACUGCGGUAUGGCACCCCGACCGAGAACAUGAACUUGCUGGCCAUUCAGCACCAGGCCACAGGGAGCGCAGGACCCGCCCACCCCACGAACAGCUUUUCUUCCACGGAAAACCUCGCUCCAGAAGACCCACCAAUGGUCUACCAGGCGGCGCGCCAGGAGCCACAGGGUCAGGAACACCAGGUGGACAACACGGCGAUGGAGAAGCAGGUGCGGCCCCCGCAGCCUCAACAGAACAACGAGGAGCUGCCCACGUACGAGGAGGCCAAGGCGCAGUCCCAGUUCUUUCGGGGGCAGCAGCCACCGCCGCCACCGCCGCCGCAGGGGACUGUCGGGCACAGUUACUACAUGGCCGGGGCCGGCGGUCAGAAGGCCCGGACCGAGGGCAGGCCCACGGUGAGCCGCGCCAGCAGCGGGCAGGCGCACAAGGAUGAGGCGCUGAAGGAGCUCAAGCAGGGCCACGUGCGCUCUCUCAGCGAGAGGAUCAUGCAGCUGUCAUUGGAGAGGAACGGUGCUAAGCAGCACCUCCCUGGCUCUGGCAACGGAAAGGGGUUCAAGGCAGGAGGGGGACCCUCCCCCGCCCAGCCCGCGGGGAAAGUGCUGGACCCCCGGGGUCCUCCGCCCGAGUACCCCUACAAGACCAAGCAGAUGGUGUCCCCCGUCAGCAAGAGCCAGGAGCACGGACUCUUCUACAGCGACCAGCACCCAGCGAUGCUGCACGAGAUGGUCAAGCCGUACCCCGCCCCUCAGCCCGCGAGAACAGAAGUGGCCGUCCUGCGGUACCAGCCGCCCCCAGAGUAUGGGGUGACCAGCCGCCCCUGCCAGCUCCCUUUCCCGUCAACGGUGCAGCAGCACAGCCCGAUGUCCUCCCAGAACCCCCCGGUCAGUGGGCCACUGCACUCCGUGUCCUUGCCGCUGCCGCUCCCCAUGACCCUGGCAGGCCCGCAGCCCCCGCCAGCCGCCUCACCCAGCCAGCAGCUCGGGCCUGAUGCCUUCGCUAUCGUGGAGCGAGCCCAGCAGAUGGUGGAGAUACUCACUGAGGAGAACCGGGUGCUUCACCAGGAACUUCAGGGUUACUAUGACAAUGCCGACAAGCUCCACAAGUUUGAAAAAGAACUUCAGAGAAUUUCAGAAGCCUAUGAAAGCCUGGUCAAGUCCACUACCAAGCGGGAAUCACUGGACAAGGCGAUGAGAAACAAACUGGAAGGAGAGAUCCGGAGGCUUCAUGACUUCAACAGAGACCUCCGAGAUCGCUUGGAGACGGCCAACAGGCAGCUGUCCAGCAGGGAAUACGACGGGCACGAAGACAGAGCUGCAGAGGGGCUGUACGCUUCCCAGAACAAAGAAUUCUUGAAGGAGAAGGAGAAGUUGGAAAUGGAGUUAGCGGCAGUGCGGACCGCGAGUGAGGACCACCGGAGACACAUUGAGAUCCUGGACCAGGCUCUGAGCAACGCCCAGGCCAGGGUCAUCAAGCUGGAGGAGGAGUUACGAGAGAAGCAAGCCUAUGUGGAGAAGGUAGAAAAGCUCCAGCAGGCCCUGAGCCAGCUGCAGUCUGCAUGUGAGAAGCGGGAGCAGAUGGAACGGAGACUGCGGACCUGGCUGGAGAGAGAGCUGGAUGCGCUGAGGACCCAGCAGAAACAUGGAAAUGGCCAGCCACCAGGCAUGCCGGAGUAUAACGCCCCAGCCCUCAUGGAACUCGUGAGGGAGAAGGAGGAGCGCAUCCUGGCCCUGGAGGCCGACAUGACCAAAUGGGAGCAGAAGUACCUGGAGGAGAGUACCAUCCGGCACUUCGCCAUGAACGCCGCGGCCACUGCAGCGGCUGAGAGGGACACCACGAUCAUCAACCACUCGAGGAAUGGCAGCUACGGCGAGAGCUCGCUCGAGGCCCACAUCUGGCAGGACGAGGAGGAGGUGGCACAGGCCACCAGGAGGUGUCAGGACAUGGAGUACACCAUUAAGAAUCUCCAUGCCAAAAUCAUAGAGAAGGAUGCCAUGAUUAAGGUCCUUCAGCAGCGGUCCCGUAAAGACGCCGGGAAGACAGACUCCUCCAGCCUGCGUCCCGCCCGCUCCGUCCCGUCCAUUGCUGCGGCCACGGGGACCCACUCCCGCCAGACGUCGCUUACCAGCAGCCAGCUGGCCGAGGAGAAGAAGGAGGAGAAGCCCUGGAAGGGGAGCAUAGGGUUGCUGCUAGGGAAGGACCACCAUGAACACGCCUCCCCCGCCCUGGCCAGCAGUGCCCACGCAAAGACGGGCAGCAAGGACAGCAGUACCCAGACCGACAAGAGCACUGAGCUCUUCUGGCCCAGCAUGGCCUCCCUGCCCACCCGUGGCCGGCUGAGCGUGACCCCUUCCAACAGCCCCAUCCUGAAACACCCGGGGGCCAAAGGGACUGCGGAGAAACCGGAGAACCCUCUGGGCCACGGGAAGUCCCCUGACCACAAAGGCCGCGUCAGCAGCUUGCUCCACAAGCCCGAGUUCCCUGACGGGGAGAUGAUGGAGGUUCUCAUCUAACGUCGGUGUCCUGCUCCUUCUUGGAGGGGCUCUUGACAAACGAGGAGGGCGGCCGAGAGGCAGAAGAAAGAUUGAGAAAGUCGUGGAUGGAAAAUCAGGAAGGAUGUGAACUGAUGAAGAUCUUAAAUUAGUAAGAACGCUUUUUAUAAACGUUUAAAAAGAAAAUCAGGAGACCUACAUGACUGAAGACGAGCAUGCUAUGGAUUCGCGUCACUUAUGGUGGAGGAGAAGACGCAUGUAGGCUUGGAAACCGAGACGUCGCAGGAAGUGGGAUUCUCACUGUGUAGAAAAUGUAUCUCUUGGGGAGGGUCUGUGUACACCUGCCCUCUGGCUAUAAACACAUAAACCUGAACGUGGAUCUUCCGUGAAAUACCCCCCCCUUCUCCUUGCCUCUUAGCAUGUUUAUUUUGGGGAUCAUUAUUUUUUUUUAAAGAAGAACCUCCUAGAAAUCUCCGAGAGCCUCUCUCGGCAUCCUGUCAUGUCACCUGUGCCAUCGGGGUUUCCUGUGAAUGUGUGUGGGGUUGGCAGCGAGAAGCCGUGUCCGCGUGAUGGACACUUAGAAGGAGGUUCUCACCCAACUCCCUGCUUGGUUUGGAUUUUGAGGAGACGGUGGGGCUUCUUAGAUUUUCCGGAUUCAGCAGGAAAAACCCGAAGCAGGAAGGGAGCGUUCUGAUCUUGGUGCUCAAAUUCCCUAACUGCUCUCAGUUUCAUCUCUUCCUCUGCUUCAUUCUUUCAUUUUAUUCUUCUUUGCUUUCACUUCCUUUCCUUGUUACUACAACACGGCGGGAUUCCUCAGGUCUGGGAUUUGUUAGAGCAGAAUCGGAUUUCUGCUUUGUAGUGACCAGUGGGACAGAGCCGUGUGCUGGAGGCCUGGCCGCCUCCUCCCCCUUGGAGUCACGGGGCUCAGUGCGACGGGGAAUGAGGUGAGUGCCGGUGAGGCAGAAGAUGCCACGGUCACUGUGACAUCCUGCGUUCAGAUCGUGGCCCUGGCUCUUCUGUCUCACAUCUUGCACAGAGCUCUGUCCUUUUGCCCCGUUGCUCUGUUGGGCUAAUGGGACUUUCAGGACUGCCCUCCAGGAAAUGAAUGACACUUGGGACAGCUUGCAUGAUUGCCUACAGUCCAAGCCUGUUCACCUCACUCCCCACCCCCUCGCACUCCUCUGUGUGCCGUGGACAACCGCGUAGAUCUCCAUGUUAGCAUGUCAGUGUUUCUGUGCCACGAACUGGCUUUGUGACCUAAUGGGCCAGUAUAUAUAUAGUCACAGGUUGCGAGGAUUCGGUGUGGGGCAAGCUGACUAAAGUAGGACAGAGCAUCAUGUCAAAGAGCCAGGAGUGAAGGGGGUCAGGGGCCCCUGACGCCUCAGACACUGGCUUUCUUUACGAAUCUGAAGGGUGCUAGAUCAGGGGAGAGGAGACGCUAGCCAGGCUGGCAGACAUUCUUGGGGAUACUUUCCUCUCUCCAGGUCAGCUGGACCCUUCUCAUCCCAAGCCCUUUCCUAAAGGAAAAAAAGACCUGGGUUGAGACUUUCUCAAGUCCCACCUAUGUGGAGCCCUGGACACAACACUCCUCCGGGAAUUUUGCUUGGGAGGCUUAUUUUAGAGUUGGUCUUGGGGGUGUCAGGAGGGGGAGCUGUAGCCUCCCCAGAGGGAAGUGGUGGAGGGAGGGCUGCAGCGUAAACCAGAGCGGGGAGGAAGACGGCCGUGGCCGUGGCCAGAGCAGGUGUGGCAUUACAGUGAGCAGGACUGCCUCUUCCCAAGCCCAGCUCUGUGGGGGUACUGAGCUCUGUAUGGUCUCGGCCUCCUCUGCUCCCAUCAGGCCCGGGAAGCUGCAGUGGUUCUGGCGGCCAGGCUGCCUGCCUUGUGCUGGGGCUGUGUGAGUGUGGACGGUUGUGGGGAUGGGGAGGGAGACCCCAGUCUCUGCUUCCCAUCAUUUUUUACAGGUGGUGAGGUUUAGGCGAUGGGGACGCUUUCUCUUAAGGAUGUUUUGACUCCUUAAUUAAUAUCAUGAAUGGACCAGGAACGAAUGCAAGUGUCUAGAGGCAGGAGGGCAAGUCUCCUCGGCCAGGCCCCACGGCCCACACCCGGGCCACCUCAAACAUAGGCGGUCUCUCCUAGAAGUGGGUAAAAGUGGGAGCCACAGCCUGGUGUUCCCUAAGCCUUGUCUCUCUGCUGCGGCACACCCUUUGCCUCCAGGCCUGGGGGCUGGCCUUGGUCGCUUCUUCAGCUUUGCUGUGAUCCUCAGAACUCUUUUUUUCUUCUGACUUGCUAAGUCUCUCCCGUAAGAAAAGGGAUCUCUAGCUUUCAGAUGUGUUCUUUUCUGGGAGAUUUCCUGCCACGCCAGCCCCCUCCCCCAGCCCCCGAUGCUUUUCAUGUUCGAAGCUUUCUGGAAGCCUCGUUUGCCCAUAGGAGCAAGGGAUCACAAACACUGAGCACCUGCUCUGCGUUCUGGGCCCUUUACAAUCCUUUAUCUCAUUUGAUUUGCCGAAAAAGAGCUACCAGUUGGUGCUGGCUGUAGGCAAGCAGGGUGGUGAGCAUCUUUUCUUGAGUCCUCGAGCCGCCUGGAGAGUAAGGGCUGCUUUAACCUUAUUUCACAGACGAGGAAACAGGGGCUCAGGGAGGUUCAGUCCCUCCCCAAAGGCUCACAGCAGUGGCAUCUGAACCAAGGGCCUGAGAAGAGGGGAGCUGUGCCCCCAUCACAGGCUGGACUGCCACCGACACGGGUCACAGCCAUCUUUCAUGCCAUGUCUCAGCCGGGUUUGGCCCCAGCUGUGAUGUGCAGAGCGCACACGCACGCACGUGCACGCACACGCACCCAGCUGCCACACCUCUCGGGAACCUAGGAGGAGGACUUGAGCCCAGAACUCCUAGAACUGCCCAUAAACACGAGGUACAGAUGGAAGUCUCCGUGUUCCAUCAUACGCAGGGCCGCAAAAUCCACUGAAAAAAAACCCCUGUGCACUGCCCAGAGGCCUGGAUGGCAGGAUUCUGUGGUGUCUACGGACCCCUCGAGUCCCAUCUUGGUGUGAAGGGUAAAGGCUUUGCUUCAUGUGAAGACCUGCCGGGGGCACUUGGCUUCCUCCCGGAACGGGUCUCCUGGCAGUUUCCGCGUGUUGACCGGGGUAUCAUAUGGAAGGGAUCCGCUGGAUUCCGGAAGAUCGUCGCAAAGCAGGUGCAGAACCUUGUCUUAGCUGUUUCUUCUCUUGGCUUCUCUGCGGCCUGCCAGAGGCCAGUGGCCAGUGCCCGUGUGCUCUCGGGCCCCUUCUAGGCAGGCCUGCAGGACAGGGCUGCCUCAUCCCUCACAGGGCAUUGGCUGGAGCGCACAGAGCGGUGGGGCCCUUCUCUCUUCCAUCCUGUGGGGCCAGCUCUUAGGAGCACAUCCUGGGUUUGACGGCACAGGGCUGGGGUCCGAUAACCAGAUAACGGCUCCUUAUGAAUUCUGAUCUUGGAACAGAGACCGCAAGGGUCUGUCGCUCAGGGGAGAGGCUGUCACGAUGGCUGCUGCAGACGAGCUGGCCAUCACUCCCCUUCUCCCCCCUCCCGGGUCGUCCUCAGCCCCCGGUGUUCUUCUGAUGCCACAGGCUGAUGAGAAGACAAACUGGGUCCCCAGCAGCCUCGAGAGUCGCAGAGACGUCUGGGGAGGCCACGUUCCCAGGAGGCCAUGAAGAAUGGAUCGGGGUUUUAAAAGGUUUCGAGGCAGGGAACUCCACCCAUUUUCCAAAACCAAAGUCCUGCUGCAGUCUGCCCUGGAGUUCGGGGAGUGUGCUGUGAGCUGCGGUAAACUUGCCCUCCUGAACAAAGGGUCCCGUGGCCAUGCUGAGUGGGAGCCCGUGGGUAUCCUUAACCGGUAAGGCCGUCCUGUAGCCAGAGGGCAUCCAGCCCGAUGCUGGCUUCGCCCGAGGCAGCCCUGGCAGAUGCUUUAUAAAUGUGGCUUUUCUUCUCUUCUUUCUGCUAAUUAAUCGAUGUGUUUAAAAUGUCUUCCUCCAAUGAGAGGACUGUUUAAUCAGCUUGCCGCUGAGGUCUGGCUCCACGGGGAGAUGGGUGGAGUCAUUAAGAAGCUUCCAGAAGCUGACAGUUGGGAACAUGUAAAAGGUCAGCAUUUCAGUAAAUGGAUUUCUUCUGGAACGAAGAAGCAAGUUUUUCUCUCCUCUUUUUAAGUAGGAUAUCCUUUUCUUGUUUAGUAAUGUAAUGAUUUAUAAAGACAUGUGUGUAUGUCCGUGCAUACGUAUGAGGCAUGACUGCAAGGUUGUGUGUCGGGUUUCCUUGCUUGAUAUCCGGAAUAUCCAUGUAUUUCAUCUCACCCCUUAAACGGUGACCCUUUGGGAGACUCUGUGCUGAUGGCUGUCCCCAGGAGAAACAGUUUGCCCAUGCCUCUGUGAGAAUGGCCUCUAGGGCCUGGCCUGGCCUUGAUUAUCCUUAUCAAUGAGAAAUCUUCCUCCUUUGAGGAUGGAUCUAAGUUUGGAAAUCAUCCCAGUUGAACAAAUAACAGUGGGUGAUGAAGGUCAUACCAUUUUUACCUUUCAAAAAAGAAAAAUCCCAAAAACAUUCUUUGGAAUCAGUCUUUGGACUCGUAGAGCCUCUCAAAGUGACCCCUUCCAAGGAGGACAAUAGGCAUCAGUACGUGUAACUUCUAGUGGGUUCGCUUUUGAAAAUCUCUUCUCUUGCCAUGCCUUGUAUGUGUUCGCGCCUCUGCAUACACGCGGGUGGGGGCCGUAGUCCUUAGUGGAGCGCUCCGGCAGGAGCUCCGUAAAGCCUUGUAAUAUUUAAGCGCAUGUUCUUAUCGUGUACUGCGGUGACCGAGGUGUAGCGUUGUCAUAAAAGUGCUUCUUCACAGAAUUAAAAUACUCUUCUCAAUACCGUGAGGUACAUUCACUGCAUUUUCUCCUAUCAGCUCUCAAAGCGCCGAUGCUCGGUGGUGUGUGUACGUGUGACUUUGCCUCGGAAUCUGGUCGCGUAGAGACACCUGCAAGGAUUUAUUACAAAACAGAACAUAAGCAAGUUUGUCUGCGGUGGUGUUCUUGGAAUGGAGGUGUUUUCCCCCUGCUGUGGGCGGGGCCGUGGUGGCACCUCCCCCACGGGGCGCGUAUGGGAUCGCUGCGAGCGCCUGGGAACCCAGGGCAGGCGCAGGCAGGGACCUCAGCCACCUCUCGGACAGCCCUCGGGCGCCCGUGCUCCCUGCCCGCACUGUGUCGUCGCCGUGAUUGGGGGCAGCGUGCUGUGUUCCCGCUCGUGGACUCUGGCAUGACCUUUCGGCAUCUUCGUCCCACGGAAGGGUGUCUGCAGAGCUGCACGGCCACGUGGGUCUCUGUGCCGAGUUGGGGGGGGGGUGAUGUCCAAGAACGCAGAGUGCCCCCCACGGCCAAUGUGGUUUCUGUUGGUCAGCCAAAGAUUUUCCUAUUCUUUGCUGCUUAAACCUGUGCCUUAAUAUUGUAUAUAAUAAAGGGAUAAAAUGGCUCUUC